UCUCCUGCCUCCUCGGGCUGCAUACCUGUUGAAUACCUGCCCAAGAGGAGAGGCCUCUGCCUUUGCAUGCAGGUAACCGAGGGCAAUGGGACAGGAAGUGAUACGGAAGAAGCAGCCGAGCGAGCCAUUUUGGGGAAAGGAGAUACUCUUUACCCCAGAAUUCUGGUUCUGCCAUUUGUUGUGCAAGUUGUGACAGGGGUGUGUUGAAAGGGUAUAAAGCAUCCUGAACUUUCACUGUCAUCCACACACCUGAAGAGAAGACUAACUAGAGUUCACUGGACGGCUACAACACACUUAGAAAAAAACCCACAAGAUGUCAGGACCAAAACAGACUGUGAGGGACUCCACCACUCUGGUUGCAGUGCUGCUCCUCCUCCUCUCCACAGGGAUACAGUCAGCAAAACAUUCAGACAAACUUCAACCAACACAAUGGACACUCAGCCCGGACCUUGCAGAACCCAAAAUCUCCACGCUGCCUGUAAAUGGUAGUGAUAUGGAGGAUAUGGAGGAACCUCGUGUUCUGAGGAUGUCAAGAUCCUGUAAAGAUGAGGAUUCUGACUACUGCCUGAACGGACAGUGCAUGUACCCCCCUGACAGCGAUACCCCUGCCUGCAUGUGUGAUGCUUCCUAUAGCGGCGCUCGCUGUGGUCUGUUGGUCCACCAGGCGACGCUGUGCAAGUUAGCCACAACAGAGGAGGUGAUUGCCAUCUGCGUGGGCGUGGCCAUGUUAGUGUGCUGCCUUGCUGUCGGUCUAUACUGCUGCAUCAAGAGAAGGUGUGAAAAACAGCCCCUUCUCUACAAGACCUACGGUGGCUCGGAGAACUCAGUUUGAGCCCCGUCUUCAUCAUCUCCACCACCACCAUCCUCAUCAUCAUCAUCUUCAUCAGCUUCAUAAUUACCAUCAUCGUCAUCACCACCACCAACCUUGUCUUGUUUUGCUGUCCCAACAAUUCCAUAACCGUAUAUUGACCACAAUGUCUUCCCAUAUCAUAUCAAAUUGAGGCUAUUUAUUGAAACAUCUAAAAUUAUAUCUCAAAUAUCUCAAAUUAAAGUUAUAAUUUUGUUUUUUUUAGGUGUACAUGUAUUUAAUGUGUUUAUUUUUGUUGUGUUUAACAAAUGUCUUUCAAAUCCGAUCACUAUUGUCUGAAGAUUGAUUUUCACAAAGGAGUCAACAUCACUAUCACACGGGCAGGUCUACACGUUAUCACAUUUAACCACCAGGUAUCAGAAUUACAACCGAUUUUGAAAAUAUUCCUAAAACAGCAGGCACACUAUCAGUCAGCCAGGUCAGGAUGGUACAACAUGGCACCAUAUUCCCUAUAUAAGAACUCUACAGCCCCGUUUAUACCUGGUGCUAACAUGGCACCAUAUUCCCUAUAUAAGAACUCU